ACGGCGCCAUCUUGCUCAGUGUAUCGUUCGUGUGAACACAGGCCGACGCGUAUUGUGUUGAAUAUAUAAAUUAAACCAAUGUCUUCUGUAUACGAAGAUUGGUCAGAGGAGAGCUGUAUACAGCUCAUACGAGAAUACAGGGCCAGACCUAUACUUUGGGACACGAAGGAUCCGUUUUUCUUCAAAAAAACUAUGAAGCCUCAAUUAUGGGAAGAAAUCGGCAAAGCAUUGAAUGUGUCUGCUGACGUUUGUAAACAUAAAAUGUCAAUAUUAAUGUCCUCAUUUAGAAGAGAAAAGGCCAAGAUUAUGCGUAGUAUAAAAGAUGAAAAAGAUUUAAAAAAUAUGUACAAAAGCACAUGGUUUGCAUUUAAAGAAAUGGUAUUUCUUAUGGAUAAAGAAACAGAAAGAAAACGACAAUCAACGGGCAUAGAUGAUGACGACGAUGAUGCUCCUAGCCUUAAAAAGACUUUAUUAAAUCACCACCUUCAGCCACCAAUCAGUAAUACGGCACAAAAAAGUCGGCCAUCGCCGGAGAUUCGCAAAGAGAUGUCCAAAAUGAUAAAUAAGUUCCGCGUUUCAAAUGACAUUCCACAAACAAACAAACAAAACUCGCCCCCACCGGCUCAGCCCACAGCAGGCCCUAGUCAAGUAACGUCUGAAAGUGACGAAGAAAUAAAAUCCUUUGCAAAUUUUAUAGCGUUUAAAAUGAAAAAAUACCCGGAGGCUACGAAGAAUGCGGUACAGCAGGAAAUAUGUAAUGUUAUAUUUAGGGCUGAUCAAAAUUACUUUGCAAAAUGCUAUGAACAAUUUAUGGCCGACAGUGAAGAGGAUCCUCUAGACGGAAGUGAAAGAUUCGAGAUAGAAAAUGAAACAAAAAUUGAAUGCGAAUCUGACAUAAGCGAUUAUUAGUGUUAAUGGACAAUAAACAUUUUUACACUAGCAAUUUUUCAAGCCAAGUGUAACUAUUUCCAGAUAUGACAGAUACUCGUAAUUAUUUUGAUUCAUAUCAAUAUACACGAAUAUUAUCAAUUUAAGCCAUACCAGGCUGUGAAUUGCUGUUGUUGUGACGUUACAAUUUAUAAUUGUUUGACAAGGACUGUGCGAUUUAAAUUCUUUAUGUACGCGACCAUAAUGAUCUCAAGCGUUUGGUGAUAGGUAAUAAUUAACUUCUAUUUUGGUACAAAUAUAUAGUUUUAUAAAGCA